CUUGCAGCAGGAGCUCAGCACCAAUGGCAGCGCGUUGCAUGGUUUUUUUCAUUUUCGCGGGUUUUUGCUUCAACCAGGCUCUUGCGCAUCCGCGAGACUCGAGCGGCGAUAAUCUUGUGCCUCACUGGCAGUUUGAUGACACGUCGCACUGGAUUCAAUUCGAUUCCCUUAUUUACCUAGACGUGUGGACGGACGGACGACACGUUCGAACUGCAGAGUGUAGAGAAGAGCGGCACACAAGCGAGUCAAAAACCUGUGCAUCAAGAUCGAGAUGGGAACGACGAUGCAUAACUAUUUCGGAUUUUAUGUUUACGAUAAAUACAGAGUGAGAAUACGUGGUAACUGGAACAAGGGAUACUUCAAAGACACUAACAAUGAUCAAAACAGGUGGACAAAAUGGACUGCAUUUGUUCUCCCUCACGAUAUGCAUGAUCACGACAAAGACGGUCUUCCGAAUGCAGACACUCAGUCAUUUCAUACUAAUGGCAUCGAUUGGCUUUGGCCACGGGAAGCCGCUUAUGCUGCUCUACGAUUUGGAUCGUGUCAUGGCACAGGGAUUGGUAUCCCUGAUUCGACAUGGUACACAUUUCCUACAGUCAAAGAAAUUACCACAACAUUGAUUCCUCUGAUUGAUGUCAAUAUCCCACUAGCCAGGACGUUUGAUAUAUCAAAUGUAAGAGAAUGGUCUGGUGAUGUCGAUUAUGGUGGAAUAGCAUUCGUAAACGGACGUUACACUCCUACAGCUCUCGUCGUGGGCAAUAACAGUAGACUGUGUUACGAUCCGUGGUACACUACCGAGGCAUUUAUGAUCAAUCACGAAAAGCAAUACGAGUUUAGUAUCUGGAUCUUGAGUACAGGGUCUGAUCUCACCAACUACUUUGGAUUCUUCGCAUACGAUAAGAACAAUAACAUAAUCAAAGAAGGAUCCAUGAACAAUCCGUACUUCAAAUCUGCAAAAGUCAAUCAGACUAAGUGGCAACGAUGGAACGGAUUUAUCCUACCUAGUUAUACUGAACGAAGCAAGCAAGACCCGAACAAUCCUAUGACUAACGUUCCCAAGCAUUUCACCAAUGGAAUCGCCUGGAUUUGGCCGAGCAAUGCCAGAUAUGCGAAACUGAGAUUUGGCACUUGCAUGGAUAGCGGUGACAGGACGGGAUCGACCUAUUAUGCUCUCCCUCAGUUAAUAAUGUCUGAUCUCCGAAUGUAGGGAGGAGCAAAUGAGGAACUAGAGAAAAACAAAUUAUGACUCGAAAUUGUUUGAUGUGAUGUAUACAGUAUGUGUAUGCAUGCUAUCUAUAUAACACGAUGGAGUCAGAA